AUGCUGCCGCGCCCCCGGAGCAGCUCGGGCUUCCGCGACGUCCGCCUCCGCCCCUCCGGUGAUACACGCCUUGGGCUCAAAACGUUCGAGACCGCCCACGAGGCCGCCCGCGCAUACGACGUGGCGUUGUGGCGCCUCGGGAGGCCACAGGCGCAGAUGAACUUCUUCGAUGUGCGGACGAGCGAGCAGGCGCAGGAAUUCGCGCCUUCCCCGCCACUUAUCACUAAGGAGGAUCGCCGCGUCCAGCGGAUGCGGGAGCGCCGCCUCCUCAUUGCCGAGGCAGAUGAGCACGCCAUGGCGGUGUGGCGUGAGCGCUUCCCGCGGGAUGUCGUUGCCGAGAACGAGUUCUGGGCGCAGAGGAGGGCGGAGCAAGCUCGCGUCGGGCGGACAAGCGGUGAAAGCCUGUUUCGCGAGAAAGCACUGUUGGAAGCCCAGUGCAAGCUGGAACCUGCGUCAAGCUGGGAUGAGGAAGAUCCUCGGUGGGUCGAAGCGUUUACGUCGUCGUCCUACACCACCGAGGAGGACGAGUAG